UUGAAUCGCUUCAUGCAAAAAGGGCUUCAGUCAUAAAAAUGGCCAAAUUGAGUUAAGAGCAGAAUUAUGUCUUUAGAUGGUGGUUUCAUCGUUCUAUGCAAAAAGGAAUUCAGUCUGACUGCUCUAACGUUGUCAAAUCAGUUACCUACGUAUAAUAUUCUAUGCAGAAAGGGCUUCAGUCCCGGACUGAAGCCCUUUAUGCACAGAGUGACGAAAAUUUUUCCGAUCAGCUGACUGAAUCGUAUAUUGUGAUUCAGCUGCUCUGCAUUACUUAUUCAUUCGCGGUUUUUGCGUUGAGGUUAGAAGCUGUUGUUUUGAGUACCGUUCAAGUAAUUAUUGAUUUAUAUUAUUAUUAUUGAAGAAAUUAUUUUUAAUUCAUUAUGGUUAGUAGUAGCGACGAAGACAAUGACAAUGAAUCCAACAUUGUUUUUGGAAAGAGGAAAAGGCACGAAGAAACGUAUAGAAGAAACGUGAACAAACUGGCUAGGAACAGCGGUGCUGAGUAUAAGAACUACAAAGGAAAAACUGUACAUGCAAAACAAUCAGGACCUCCAUGCAAUUGCAAGAGACACAAGUGCUUUGAUGGAAUACAGGAGUUGGACAGAAUCGACAUACUACAACGUAUUUUGAACCUACCUUCUAAAAAUGAGCAAGAUUUAUUCAUUCAAAGCUUGAUUGAAAUUCAUGAUGUGAAGCAACGACGUCCACGGAAGGAUGAUAGUGCACGUACUGUUGAUAAGAUGUAUACCUACUUUGUUAUGGUUGGUAACCAAAGGACUCCGGUAUGUUACAAAGCUUUUUUAUCAUUACUAUCAAUUAGUGAUAAGCGAGUGAAAAGACUGAGAUCACUGGCCAAAGAAGGAAAAAAUCCAUUAGACAAAAGGGGAAAGGCACCUAGUGUUAACAGAAUGAGUAUUGAAAACCAAGAAAAAAUUAGAAGCCAUAUUCAGAGUUUUCCAACUAAGCUUAGUCAUUAUGCUGGUAGGGCCACAGAGUAUUUGGAUGCAAGACUCAGUAUUAAAACUAUGUACGAUCUAUUGGUUGCCAAACACCCAGGAAUUUGUAGUCCAGCAUAUUUUUAUGAGUUUUUUCACGAAAACUUUAACCUUAGGUUUGGAAGACCCCAGAUUGACACCUGUUCCACAUGUGAAGAGCUUAGCAUUAAGCUUAAGAACCCACACUUGAAUGAUGCAGCUAAGAGAGUUGCAACUGCAGAAUUAAUGGUACAUAAAAGACGAGCAAAGAAGUUUUACAACAAAAUCCAAGAAGAAGCCAUGAACCCUAAAAAUGAAUCACAUGUACUUUCCAUAUGCAUGGAUUUCAUGCAAAAUCUCAGCAUUCCUCAAAUUCCUGUCCAGCAAACUUUUUACCUGCGACAGAUUACAGUAAAUGUUUUUUCAAUCCACAACAUAAAACAAAGGACAGCAAAAGUUUAUGUUUAUCAUGAGGGUGAGGCCAAUAAGACCCCUAAUGAGGUUUGCUCGUUUCUCUAUGAAUAUCUGAAAGAGGUACCAUCAGAAGUAACAGAGUUAAGACUUUUUGCAGACAACUGUGGGGGUCAAAAUAAAAAUCACACAUUGACCAGAUUUUUGUUGAUGCUCACAGAUACAGGUCGUUUUGAAAAAGUCACCAUGUUCUUUCCAGUAAGGGGCCACUCGUUUUUGCCCUGUGAUAGGAUUUUGCCACAAUUAAACGGCAUGUUAAAAAGUAUGACAGAAUUUACACUGUUGGUGAAAUUCGAAAUCUUAUUGAAAGUAGCAGCACUAAGCUUGGUAACAAUCCAAAAUUUGUAG